GAAGAACGUAUGGAAAAUAGAAACAAUGUGACGGAGUUUGUCCUCCUGGGGCUCACACAGGACUCUGAGGGGCAAAAAGUUCUUUUUGUCCCAUUCUUACUCAUCUAUAUUGUGACAAUAGUGGGCAAUCUGCUUAUCAUGGUGACCAUCAUGGCCAGUCCGUCACUGGGUUCUCCCAUGUACUUUUUCCUGGCUUAUUUAUCAUUUAUAGAUGCUAUCUAUUCUACUGUCAUUGCUCCCAAGAUGAUUGUAGACUUGCUCUAUGAGAAGAAGACUAUUUCCUUCCAGGCUUGCAUGACUCAAGUCUUUCUGGAUCACUUAUUUGCUGGUGCUGAAGUCAUUCUUCUGGUGGUGAUGGCCUAUGACCGAUAUGUAGCCAUCUGUAAACCACUUCAUUAUCUAAUCAUCAUGAAUAGGAGGGUAUGUGUUCUUAUGCUGCUGGUGGCCUGGACUGGAGGCUUUCUGCACUCGUUGGUUCAAUUCAUCUUUAUUUAUCAGCUCCCUUUCUGUGGCCCCAAUGUCAUUGACAACUUCUUGUGUGAUAUGUAUCCCUUAUUGAAACUUGCUUGCACCAAUACCUCCCUCAUUGGGAUUUCUAUGAUAGCUAAUGGAGGAGCCAUUUGCACUGUCAUCUUCUUCAUUCUCCUAGUUUCCUAUGCAGUCAUAUUACGCUCUCUUAAGACUAAUGGUUUGGAAGAGAAACGCAAAGCCUUCUACACCUGUGCAUCCCAUAUAACUGUGGUCAUUUUAUUCUUUGUUCCCUGUAUCUUCCUGUAUGCAAGGGCUAAUUCUACCUUUCCUAUUGAUAAAUUCAUGACUGUGGUUUUAACAUUCAUAACCCCCAUGCUGAACCCUUUAAUCUAUACCCUGAGAAAUAAAGAAAUAAAAAAUGCCAUGAGGAAGCUUUGGAGUAAAAAUCUGACCUUUGCUGGAGGAAGGUUGUACUGCUCGUGCAGAACAUGAUAUUCAUUCUUUCACAGAAUCAAGGACUCCUUUCACUAACAGUGAUUACAUUUUAAAAAUCAUCUCCUUUGCAUUAUUUAGCCUAUUUAUUCUGAAACAGGUCUAUAAAU